AUGGAUGACAGUGACAGCGACAACUACGGCGAUGAGUUUGAUGAUACCGAGUUUCUGAAUGUCGCUACCCAGGCCGAAGAGGAGACUGCCCGUGCAUUUCGACAUUCGCCACGGUCCGUCAAGCGGCAGAGGGUCAGCAGUACGACCAGGCGAGCAGCCUCUGAUUCUACCAGAGCACAACCCAGCCGUCGGAAAGGUCCUUUUGUGUCUUCUGACGGCGGCGAGGACAGCAGUGAAGAAGGUGGCCAUGCAUUGUCCGAACCAGACAGCCAAAACCUGACACCCCCUCGCAAGGCCGCUCCCUCGAGUCGUAGGAAGAAAGCGACAUCGACAUCUUGCGAAAAUGACAUUUCUGAAACAGAUUCUGCAUCACCUACAAAAUCCACAACAGCCAAUAAGCGACAGGAACGCAUCCACAUUCCAACCACAAAUAUAGACCUGCCAGACGUCUUUUACACGCAGCCGCCACAGGAACACUCGCCACCCUGGAAGCCAAGAGGUGCAAUAUGGGCAAAGCAAUCCACCACCAUAGGUGUACACAAACCACCUGGGUCAGUCAAGGGGCCCGACUUAAGUGCAACCAAGACCGUGUCUCUGCCUGGUAGGAAGUCGAUAUCGUCUCGACCAGCACCACAAGCACCACCAUCUCCAGAUUUAUUCGAUUCGACUAUUGAUUUGGACGAGUCCCCUCGAUUGCCAGUUCUAUCAGAACGUACAAGGGGCACUGUGACUGCUGAGUAUGACUUCACACAAGACCUAGCAGACCUUCCGUCUGAUGCGUUCGCUUCUUCAUCCUCGUCUCCGCAGAAGCAAGCUGAGUCCGAGACUGCCAGUGCUCGCAAGCGUCCCGUGGCACCUCAGACAGGCCUACGACAGACGACGUUGUUUGGAUCCGUUGGCGCCAACAGCAGUACAUCGCAGUCUCAGGUAAACAAGCGCUACAGCUUCGUCGUUGACCAGAAAGCAGAGCCUCCAACUCACCACAAGCUGAACGCAGAAGCUAUCAAAACAUGGGUUUAUCCGACGAAUUUAGGUACCAUUCGAGACUAUCAGUUCAACAUUGUUCAAAGAGGCCUCUUCAAUAACCUACUGGUUGCUCUCCCUACUGGUCUUGGUAAGACCUUUAUCGCAGCGACUAUCAUUCUCAACUGGUUCCGAUGGACGGUCGACUCUCAGAUCGUCUUUGUCGCCCCUACUAAACCUCUGGUAGCCCAGCAAGUCGAGGCAUGCUUCAAGAUUGCAGGUAUACCCCGCUCAUAUACUACAAUGCUCACGGGAGGCGUCCAAACAGGUUUAAGAGCUGAAGAGUGGAAGGAAAAGAGAGUGUUCUUCAUGACACCCCAGACGCUUUUGAACGAUUUGAAGGCUGGAUAUGCGGAUCCAAAAAAGAUUGUGCUACUGGUGGUCGACGAAGCUCACCGAGCCACGGGUGCAUAUGCGUACGUCGAGGUCGUUAGCUUCCUCCGACGUUUCAAUACUAGCUUCCGUGUCUUGGCACUGACAGCCACGCCUGGUGCAGAUGUAGAGUCCGUGCAGAAGGUUAUUGACGGUCUCGAUAUUUCCAAGGUGGAGAUUCGGACGGAGAACUCUAUGGACAUAUGCAGCUAUGUACAUCAGCGCAAGAUUGACAAGCAAGUUUUUCAGAAUACCGACGAGAUGGAGAUGUGUAUGGACCUCUACAGCGAGGCUCUGCAGCCCUUGGUGAACACAAUUGCUGGUUUGAAUGCAUACUGGAGCAAGGACCCCCGCGAUCUAACGCCCUUUGGCUGCCAACAAGCCAAGAAGAAGUGGUUCCAAGAGGCCGGACGUAACGCAAAUCGGGGCCUCCAAAGCACUGUGCACACCAUCUUUGCGAUUCUUGCGUCCAUCUCGCACGGAAUGGAUCUAUUGAAAUUUCAUGGUGUAGGUCCUUUCUAUAUCAAGAUGAAGGAAUUUCAAGACGAAAGUGCAAAGACAAAGUCAAAAUACAAGAAACAGAUUCUCGACAGCGAUGCCUGGAAAAAGCUUAUGGGACGUCUUCAAGUGUGGAUGGCCGAUGAGAACUUUGUUGGCCAUCCAAAGUUGGAGUAUCUACAGCAAGUUGUGUUAGACCACUUUGUCAAUGCAGACGACGGUCAGGGCGCCAAUGGUGCAGCCUCUUCACAAACGAGGAUCAUGGUGUUUGCACAUUUCCGUGACAGUGCUGAAGAAAUUGCGCGCAUUCUGAAGAGACAUGAGCCAAUGAUUCGUCCGCGCAUCUUUGUCGGACAAGCACACGGGAAAAAUUCAGAAGGCAUGAAGCAGAAAGACCAGUUGGAGGCUAUUGAGAGGUUCAAGAAUGGCGAAUUCAACACACUCAUUGCUACUUCGAUCGGUGAAGAGGGUCUCGAUAUCGGUGAGGUAGAUCUCAUUAUUUGCUACGACUCAAAAGCAUCGCCUAUUCGUAUGCUGCAACGAAUGGGUCGUACGGGAAGAAAGCGCGAGGGAAGAAUUGUCAUGCUCCAAAUGCAAGGCAAGGAAGAAAACGAUGCGAAUAAGGCAAACGACAGUUACCUCAAGAUGCAAGAGCUCAUUGCUGCGGGCACUCAUUUCAACUUCCACGACGACAUAUCUCGCAGAAUCCUGCCGGCGGAUGUAAAGCCCGUUGUCGACCGGCGUGUCGUGGACAUACCAGUUGAAAAUUCACAAGACUGGCUUCCAGAACCGAAGAAAGGACGGCGCGCCAAGAAGCCCGAGAAGAAGUUCCAUAUGCCCGACAACGUCAUCACUGGCUUCGUCACUGCAGGUCGGAUGGACGAGGAAAUUGUGCCAAACGGUCGCGGAAAGAAAGCAGCCGCACCUAGUUAUCCGAGUGAGGAGCCGUUCGUGAUGCCCUCAUUGGAGGAGGUACUUCUCAGCGAUGACGCAACCCAAGAUCUUGAGAAAAGAUACCAGACGGUAUUUGACGACGAUGAUGCUCCUAUGGUAGAUGUACUCGACUUGGGGAAAUAUCCUGGACGACAACGAAUCUUGCCUUACUCAGCUCGCCGGGUUGGCCCAGGCUAUGCUACGCGAGCAUUUGCUUCCAUGAUGCAACGCAUGCACGAUAUGGAUCACAAUCGUCUUGAUGGUUUCAAGCUCAACUUACACUUUUCUGACUGCGAAUCAGACAUUGGGGACGAUCUUGUUGUCCCGGAACCAGAACCCGCAUUUGUCAUUGACGACGACAUGUGGGAAGAUGAUCAACCAGCAUCUCAAGGGCUUAAGACAAAGGCAAAAUCUGUGCCAAAACCAAAAGCAAGUGCGCCGGCAAAACCGAAAGAGAAGGCGAUACCAAAACCGAAAGAGAAAGCGAUGCCAAAGCCGAAAGAGAAACCUUUGCCAAGAUCGAAAGAGAAUUUGGUUCCGAAAACACCACAAACGCCAGCACCUCGUGGUCCGCCACAGAAAGUUGGUACUAUCAUACAAACGCCUGUUCAUCAGUCAAUAGCGGAUGACGAAACGCCAAGAACAAAGACGCCUAAUUGGCGUGUAUCUGGACUCGCUCAAGAGGGCAAUGAAUCUUCCCCGCCGCCAACAGACCCUCGGUUCCGAGUCGCAUCUCAAGCUGAUACGAUUGGAUCGGAUGACACGCUAGGUGAGGAUGAACCGCAAGAUACGCAGGCAUAUCUGUUGGACUCUGAGCUUGCCAGCUUCAUUGUUGAAGGAGAGGAAGAAGAGGUAGCUCCAACUUCGAGUCUACCCAGUCUUGACCUUUCUGGCUUUGGAGCAGGAACACAGGCAGUUGUUAAGGCUGGCCGCCCCAAGAGGACCCCAAAAAGACAGAAGAUUUUUACAAGCGACGCUACAGACGAUGAUGCGGUUGUCAGUAGUGAUAGCGAUGACGAUGCACCGCUCGCUAAACUUGUGGCAGGUGCGACCAGGAAGCAAUUGGUCGUUGUAGACUCGGCUUCUGAAUUAGAGGAUGAUGAGCCUGUCUUGCUCAGGAAGAGGCCUAGACGGAUAAUUGAUGAUGAUACAGACGAUGAAUGA